GGUGAUUAAUUUUAGAACAAAGGCAAGAAGUCGUCCAUCUUUAGUUAUAUUGUCUUUACACACCACUUGUUUGACUGAGUGUCUCAAAGAAGUGUUCAUCAUCUGUCAUGGCCAUGGCUAGUAGUACUAGAAGCAUCAGUUAUACAUAUGAUGUUUUUUUAAGUUUUAGAGGUCCUGAUACCCGAAAAUCAUUUACUGGCCACCUUUACGCAGCCCUGACUCGAGCUGGAAUCAGAACUUUCUUAGAUGAUAAAGAACUUGAAACCGGGAAGCGCAUUUCUGCAGAAUUGCCUACAGCGAUCGAGCAUUCUAGUAUGUCGAUUGUUGUUUUAUCCAAGAACUAUGCUCACUCCAGAUGGUGCCUUGAUGAGCUACUCCAGAUUGUAGAGUGUAUGGACACUAGGAAACAGCUGGUGAUUCCGGAUUUUUAUGAUGUUGAGCCUUGGGAGGUGCGGCAUCAGGGAGGUAGUUUUGCGGAGGCUUUUGCUCGGCAUAGUUCUUGCUGGGACACCCAGAAGCUGGAAACAUGGAAAUCUGCUCUCACUCGUGUUGCAGAUCUCAAAGGAUGGGAUGUGGCAAAAAUUGCCAAUGGGUGCGAAGCAACUGUCAUUUUACAAGUCGUGAGGAGGGUUUAUUGUGUGCUGAAAACUAAGACAUGCUUAACCGCUCCUAUUAAACUAGUAGGCAUGUCUUCUCGUAUUGCAGAAAUAAAAUCGAGAUGGGAUGACCGAUCCACAACUGGUGCCAACUUUAUUGGAUUCUACGGAAUGGGUGGAGUAGGGAAGACAACAACUGCAAAUGCAUUUUAUGAUUUAAUUCGUGGUGAUUCUUUUGAGGGCCAAUAUGUUCUUGAAAAUAUUGGAGAACGUUCAAGAAAAGGUUCCAGCGGUCUACUUGAAUUACAGGAGAGACUUCUCUCAAGUAUCUUGGAUAUCAACAAUCUUAGGUUGGAUAGCCUUUCCAUGGGAACUGCCUGGAUGAGUAAAAAAAUAUCUACUAAAAAGGUAUUGCUUAUAUUUGAUGACAUUGACAAACCUGAUCAAGUGCGUGCAUUAGUUGGGGAACGAAGUUGGUUUGGUCCUGGAAGCACAGUCAUGAUAACCACAAGAGAUAAAGGUUUACUACAAAUGAUUCCAGUAGAUGUAGAAUACGAGAUUAAAUUAAUGGAAGUUUCUGAAUCAGAGGAGUUGUUUAGUAGGCAUGCCUUUGAAGGUGACCCUGCGCCAGAACCACACAAGAAGCUAUUGCACGACAUUGUACACUACUGUGGAGGGCUUCCUUUAGCGUUACAGAUUUUAGGUUCCCAUUUGUUUAACAAACCACUGAAAGAGUGGAAGCGUACACUUGAUAAAGUACGACUGGUUCCCAUGUUUGAGAUUCAAGACAAGUUAAGAAUAAGUUAUGAUGGUCUAGAUGUUGAUGAAAAGACCAUAUUUCUUGAUAUUGCGUGCCUUUUUAUUGGAGAUGUGCAAGAUGAGACGAUAACCAUAUUGAAUGCUUGUAAUCCUAACGCUGCAAUUGGAAUCAGCAGUUUAAUUAAAAAAUGCUUACUUACAGUCAAGGGCAUGGACGUUGUCUGCUUGGAUAUGCAUGAUCUUCUUCGUGACAUGGGAAGGCAUAUUGUUCGUGAAGAAUCUCAACGAAUAGGAGAGCGUAGUCGUUUGUGGUUGGAGGAAGAAACACUUGAUGUUCUGAAAUAUAACAAGGGAACAGAAAGUGUUCAAUGUAUUAUUCAUGCUAGCUAUCACGAAGAAAGAACAUUCAGAACUGAAGCAUUUGAGAAGAUGCAGUAUUUAAGAUUACUAAGGUUAUAUAAUGUAAAUCUUAAAGGAAGCUUUCAACAUAUAUUCACGGGUUUAAAGUCGUUAUGCUGGCAGAAAUGUCCACUGAACUGCUUACCGUCCACUUUUGAACCACAAAAUCUUGUUGUCCUUGACUUGAGGGAUAGCAAGGAACUCAUUACAGUGUGGGAAGAUAUCCUGGAACAAAAGAACCUUCACUUUUACCGAAUUUGGGACACUUGCAAAGAAUGACUGAAUUGAAUCUCGUGAAGUGUGGUAAAUUGAAUGAUAUACAGGGCUUGGGUAACCUCCCAUACAUUACAGAACUUUACUUUACAUGUUGCACAAGUCUUCAAUCCCUCACAGUACUUCCUCCAAACCUCAAAAAACUAUAU